AUGACUACGUCCCUAAAAAUUGAGGGGCAUUCUGAAGAAGCCAAAAAGUUAGUGAUGUUUCCAUUUACACUAUCAGAGGAUGCUGAAGAGUGGUUCUACUCUUUACCGGCUGGGAGCAUUACUACUUGGCAGCAAAUGGAGACUACUUUCCUCAACGAGUAUUUUCCCGCUUCUGUGUACAUCCGCAAGAGGUACGACAUAGUUAAUUUUAAACAGAAGGAAGGGGAGUCACUUGGGGACGCUUAUAAAAGGUACAAAAGAUUGUUGGUUGCGUGUCCUACACACAAUAUGGAUGCAACUGAACAAAUGCAAAAUUUCGUGAAUGGCCUAAGAAUUAAGACUAAGCAACUCAUCGACACAGCUGCUGGUGGCUCAACAAAUUUUACAACAGCCACUGAAGGAAUCAUUGAUCUGAAGUUGGCAAAUCAAGUGGUUAAGAUGGAGGAUCAAAUUACAGCUGAAGUAGAAAGAAGACUGAAGAAGAUAGCCCUGGAUACUCAAACGGUAGCACAGGUUCAACCAGUUCAACCGAUUCAAGCAGUGAAUUGUGAAAUUUGUGGGGGACCUCAUUUUGCUAUACAUUGUGUUGCAACCGCACAACAAGUAGAAGAGAUCAAUUUUCUGAAGCAAAAUAAUCCUUACUCAAAUACUUACAAUCCGGGAUGGAAAAAUCACCCGAAUUUUUCUUGGAAAGAUCAACAAGGGAAUGACCAAAAGCAAGGGAUCGUACCAUACCAACCUCAGCAACAACAGUAUCGGCCACCACAGCAGCAACCAUAUCAACAACCUCCACAACAACAAUUCCAACAACAGAUGAGUCAGAUAGCACAACAACUCGCCAAUGCUCAACCACAAGGUGCCUUACCAAGUGCAACUGUUACAAACCCAAGGGAGCAUCAGAAUGUGAAUGUCAUCUCAACAAGAAGUCAGAGGAGAUCAAAACCAGAAGAAAAAAAUGAAAUCGAGUAUGAUGAUAUCAUCGAAGUAGAUAUUGAAGUGCAUGAAAAUAAGAAAGUGCCAGAGGAGGUGAUACAACCUGUGAAGCCAACUGAAGAGAGAAGGAAAAAAGAGCCGACACCAUUGAUUAAGUUGCCGUAUCCUUCUCGAGUAGCAAAGAAGGACCAAAAAGAGAAAGACUUGGAGAAGUUUGCCACAUACUUCAAAAAGUUAGAGAUCAAUAUUCCAUUCUUUGAUGCACUCGAGAAGAUGCCAAUGUACAGGAAAUUCAUGAAGGAAGUGAUAUCUAAAAAGAAACCAACAAGGGGUGAAGGGGUAGUUAAGAAGGAGAAAUGUUGUGCAAUCUCACCAGAGAAGAGAAUACCAAUCAAGCAGAAAGAUCCUGGAUCAGUUGCAAUACCGUGCACGAUAAAAAACAGAACUUUCAUGAAGGUUCUAAUUGAUUUGGGUGCUAGUGUGAGCUUAAUGCCAUUAUCUAUCUUCAAAAAGCUCAGUAUUGAAAAGGUGAAUGAAAGAGGAACAGAGUUGAAAUUUGCAGAUCACACCAUGAAGAGGUCAUAUGGGGUGGCAGAAGAUGUAUUGGUAGAAAUUGACAAAUUUGUUUUUCCAGUUGAUUUUGAAAUAAUGGAUAUCCCUGAAGAUGAAGAGACCCCUAUUAUUCUGGGUCGACCUUUCUUGCGCACUAGUCGGUGCAAUUUCGAUAUUGAAAAAGGUACUCUGACUUUGAAAUCUUUUGAUGAAGAAAUAACUCUGAAAGUGUUAGACACCAAGAAGCAAGGUGAAAGUGGAGAUAAUCAAUCUUCAGUUGGAAUGAUCCACAUAGUAGGCAAAAGUAAAAGAUCGGAACCAACCAGGGUCUCAAGCAUAAUCUCUCAGGUGGCAACAUCUCAUAUAAAAACUCCAAAGUCCAAUAAAGAAAUCAAGGAAAGAAAGAAAAGGGAACAUCAAGACAAGGAGAUGGAAGUUGAAAGUAACUUGAGGCAAAAAGUGGUCCAUCCUUUAAAUCUAGAUGAGUUCUGGGUUGCGGAAAGGACAAGCAACAUGGUGUGGAAGAGGAAGUAUCCCCCAUAA